AUGUCUAUAGAGUAUUCACGUUAUUAUGAUAGCAAUGUUGUGCAAUCAAGCGAACACCACCCAAAUGGCGAGAAAGUGAUCCUACAGAUAAAGAUCUCUAGCAUGGUCGAAAUCCACCGCCAUGAUAGUGAUAAUGAUCCAACAGUGACUAUUGAAGAAAUAGGUGAAAGAAAUUAUUUGAUCAAUCUCUCCGAUGUCAAGCUGUUCUCGGAAAGAAUGGUGAAUACGCUGUAUUUCUCCUGUCAGUUAAGACUUUUGGGUGUCCCCAGAGAUGAGCAUCAACCUAUCAUUGCAAAAUUAUACCAGGUGGCUGACGAGGCCGUCUCCCCCGAGUACCCUAUUGUUGUUACCAUCAGAGUUAUAUCUAAGCGGCGUAGCUUGGACUCUCAGACCCCGUCGUGUGCAAUUUGUUUGGAGAAUUUUGCUGACGAAGAAGACGUCGAUCAACCCUUGAUUACUCAUAUGCCCUGCGCACACCGUUAUCAUCAACAUUGCAUUGUCCCUUGGCUGGCAAUCAACCCCUUGUGUCCUUUGUGUCGACAAAACCCUAAUUAA